AUGCGCUGGUACUAUACGUCUAAUUUCACUCGCUAUCUCCAAGCUCUCGAAAAGAUCAAGGUCUAUCCUAGUGAUCGCAAUGAAGUACUUGGAGGUGAAUCCUCAACGCACAGAACAGGGGGUAUCCUUCCAGGCGGCCGAGCUGGCUCUGCUGCACAUGACCCCUUUUCCUUAGGUCGACGAAUUGACGUUCUCCGAAACGGGAACCAGCCUGCCAUCUCAUCCUACAUUGCCGAGGAAGAUCAAUCCUAUCAUGGGAUCGAAGUGCCGUUCAGAAACUUCAAUGUUGCUUUGGUAGACAACGUAUCUGCCGAGUACUCUUUCCUUACAGAGUUUUUCUCGCCCUUGACAUUCCACGAAAUCUCGCGCAAAGCCGGGGAAAUCUUUGAACCGGUUUUCACCCUUGGCCGAAACCUGACAAAGAAGCUCAUCGAAAAUAACAAUGACUCACUGGGUGUUUUAAUGUGUGUUCGUCUGAACCAGCACUCGGCUUUUGAAUUCCAACGGCGUAAAGUUCCUGUUGCAGAUUCAUAUGUAAACGGUAUCAACAUGCAGCUAUGGCCGCGCUUCCAGGUUAUCAUGGAUCUCCAUGGAGAGUCGCUCAAACGAGUGGGAUCCAAUACUGGACGCAGUGCAAUGUCCGCUCUUUCCAUCGCAGGAGGAGAUGAUUUGAAACAGUCGUCUGCACCGCACUUUCUGACUCAACGGUUUGGCCAACUGCUCCAUGGAAUUUUGGUGCUCAGCAGUGAUGCUGGGGAUGACGAACCCGUGUCAAACAGUUUGGCUCGUCUACGCUCCGAAUUUGACUCCCUCCUGGCGAAGUUGAGUCGAAACGGCACAGACGCAAAGUGUAGAGAGCGAUUUCUCUACAAUAACUAUUCAUUGAUCUUAACCAUCAUUAGUGUAAGUCCCCCUCUCCCCCCAUUUCUCUGUGGAACAGAUGCUCAUUGA